CGCUUGCUUUCACUCGCUUUGUUUGGUUGGCUUUUGCCUUGUGGCCCUGGUAGAAUUUUGCAGCAAGCAAGCAAGCAAGCAAAAAAAAGGCACAUAAUUUACAAACAAAAACAACCCUCGGCCAGAUUGAGUCAUACGAGAGGCAAGCUACCGAUUAGCUGAAUCGUGCGUUUCCUGGUUCACUAACACUUUACUAUCUACAUCAGUACAAGUGUGUAAGUUACAUCUCCUGUGGAUUACCCCUCUCUACAAGUGAAAGAAUUUGAUUAAGCUCGGAGGGGGGAAAUCAUUCUAAAACACUGAUAAGAACAGCAUGUCCGAUGUUUCGCCCCAGCGAAAGAAUGAGCCAGUAGGCUGAGCUCAUCAUUAGCCGGAUGAUGUAAAGUUCGUGCGUUUCCACUUUGUGUACUCAGCGAUGCAGAGUACGGUGCAGAACCUCCGGGAGGGCCUCUGGAAUCUACCGAGCACGGUCAACAGCCUGCUGCUCGCUGGGACACUACUGGACAGUGGCAGGGGCAGCUCGUCCGAGGAGCUUACCCGGGAACAGAAAACUCGUUCCCCCGCCGAGCGGGACGAUAACAAUAACGACGAUGCCGAGGAAGAACCGCCGGACAGUGAUCAGGAAGAUGAUGAGCUGCCGGAAAAGCGGACGCAUGCUAGCAACCGCAUGUCCGCCGAGCCCAUGAGCAGUUCGGUCGGUUCGUUGCGUGCACUGUGCGAUGAGCCGGAGCAGGACGAGCGGGGUGAAAAGGAUCCCACAGCCACCACCACCGCCACCAACACCGCUGGUCCGGAUCCGGCUGUGCUGCGUGUCAAGUGGCAACUGGUGCCGUUGGAUCAGAACGCAUCGCUGGUGGAGCUGUCGCAGGCAAUAGACGUGUGCCGGACGCUGGUACGCUCAAAUGCGUACGGGCCCGAUACGGACCAAAGCAAAUGGCUCGUGCGACAUUUGGUGGAGCUGCGGUACCGGUAUCGCGAGCUGGUUGACUUUUCGCGCGAUCCGGAAGCAGUGCUGGAGGAGACGGAGGUCAUUCUGGGGCAUCAUUUCGUGCGCCGAAAGCAGUUCCCUUUGCAGCAGCUGCAGCGCGACCGGCACCUGUACUGUGACCACUGUUCCGGAGUCAUUUGGAACGUUGUGCAGGCAUCGUACGUUUGCAAUGACUGCUCGUUUACGGUGCAUCACAAAUGCUUGCGCAAUGUGCUGCGUAUCUGUGCGCACGUGGUCACGACGGAGCAUAAGCUGCCGAUCGAGUGCAUCUGUCCCGAGAUUGGGCUGGCCUUUCAGAAGUACACUUGCGCGGAGUGUGGAACACAGCUGAGCUACAACACUUCCACGUCGAUCAACUGUUUCGGACUCGAAUUCAAAGCGGGUAAGUGUGUUCAUUCGCGUACCCGGCAGCUAAUCAUACUAAUCUUCUAUUUUUUUUUCGCUUCCACUCGAUUAGAAAAACUGAACUCAAUUCAGCCCCGGCUGUGCGACUACACCGGUCUGUACUACUGUCCCGCGUGCCACUGGAACGAUACGAGCAUCAUACCGGCACGCAUCACCAACAACUGGGACUUUGUGCCGCGCAAGGUGUGCCGUGCGUCGCGGCAACAGAUCAACCUGCUGCUGGCCAAACCCGUCAUCCGGCUGGAGGAGAAGAAUCCGCGCCUCUUCACCUUCAUUCCCCAGCUGGCCGAGGUGAAGCGGGCGCGCGUGCAGCUCGGUGAAAUGAAGCGAUACCUCAUCGCGUGCCGGCUAGCCGACGAGACUAGGCUCGUGGUGAAGCAAAUCGGCAAACGGCGCCACCUGAUGGAAUCGAUCGAGCUGUACAGUGUGGCGGAUCUCGUUGGCGUAGAGGAUGGGACGUUGCUGAAUUAUCUGCGCACGAUACGGGCCACGUUCGAGCAUCACAUUCGAAACUGUGUGAUCUGCUCCGGUAAGGCGUACAUCUGCGAGUUUUGCAACAACGAUCAGAUUUUGUUCCCGUUCGAUGAUGAUGCGAUUUGCUGCAACCAGUGCAAUGCCGUCAGUCAUCGCGAGUGCUACCAGCGCAGGAAGAGCAGGUGUGCCAAGUGUGCCCGCUUACGGCGCCGUGCUUUACAGACGCUGCGGGAACAGUUGGAUCUAGAAAAUGGCAACUAACCUGGAAGAGAGAGAGGGAGAGAGACAGUGAGCAAAAAUCAUAUCAUUUUUACCCUUUGAAACGGCUUCGAUGUGCUUUACAUGUGUGUAAGCUUUAACUCACCAGGGACAACGUGCACAGCUUCUAUUGGUAGCCAUCAAUAAAAUCACACGCCUUCGUAAAAUCUA